UUUUAUUUAUUUUUAAGAGUUUUUGUUGUUGUUGUAGUUUUUCAAAAUGGAUUCCAUUUUGAAAAAAUCAAAAAAACUUAUCGAUUCUGUUGUAACUUUACCAUCAAACAAAAACUCUAAAAGUCGUUAUCUUAGCCUGAAUGAAGGCCUUACACAAAACACUCGAAUCUGGAUUGAAGGCAAAGUCAAUCCAGCUGCUUCAAGAUUCGAAAUCAAUUUAUGGUGUGCAUCAGUGGUCAACGAAGAUCUGGUCAAAAAUGGUGACAUCGCUAUGCAUUUUUGUGUCCAUUCAUCUGCCGGUUACGCAUUGCUAAAUUCGAGAACUGGCAAAAUCUGGGGACAAGAGGAAAGAACAGCCAGAGGACGGUUACCACGGCCGCUGCUUCAGAAUCAAAAUUUUCGUUUAUGUAUCGAGGCUGAACCUACUCAAUAUCGAAUUGAUGUCAAUGAUAAUGAAUUUGUGACAUUCAUUCAUCGUCAUUCAUUCGAAAGCGUUGGUCUUCUAAGCUAUGAUGGUGAUUUUGAAGUCGAAAAUAUUUUUAUACAGCCACCACCUGCUAUGGUAAGCGCUCCUUUAGCCGAGGAUAGUCAUGUUGUGAAAGACUUAAAAUGGCCAAAACUUCCUCUUUUAUUGCCAAUCAAAUCAGGGCUUCAAGUUGGAAUGAUAUUUGCCAUUGAUGGCCGUGUGACAGGCAAUCGUUUCGAUAUUAGCUUCUACCAGGGUUCCAAUCCUUACGAAGAUCAUAAUGCAAAUGUUCCAUUUCAUAUGGAAAUAUACAUGGAUUCCAAGGCAAUUGUACGAAAUUCUAAUCAACUAAAACAAUGGUGUCAACCAGAAAAAGAACUUACACAUUUUCCAUUCUUUGGUCAUAGCGCAUUCAAUAUGCAAAUCCGAGUUGAAGGUAACCGAUACCAAGUGAUUGUUGGUGGCCGUUACGUUUUCGAUUUUUAUCAUCGCAUUAGUGCCUUGACAACUAUUAACCAUCUUUGCAUUCAUGGUGGUGUAGAAAUUCAUUCAUUAAUCAUAACAAUACCGCCUCUUCAAUGAUUAUUAACAUUUUUAAUUGAACAUUAUAACUUAUGUAAUCAAAAACACCAUGAUUUAUUUUCGUUAAAUUUCAUUUUUUUUAACAUUAUUA